UCUAUCUGUCUCGAAAAAUGUGCGUCAUUACGUCAGGACAGUUGCAGACGUGGCGUCGCUAAACAAAUCUGUGAAGGGAGCGGAGGAAGACGAAGAAAUGAAGCAUUUGAUAAUGUACUGAAGCCUGAAGUCCACCCUAUAAAAUGAACAUGAAAUAAGCUGGGCUAACCUACAGCUAGUUUGGGGUUAGAACAAGUGGAAGAUGACAGGAAGAAACCAGCAGCGUGGUUUCCAGCCUGCCACAACGGCACAGCCUGCAAAAAGCGGACACACAUACGUGUUUGGGAACAAUGUAAUCUCUGAAAAUGAGUGUUCUGAAGAGGACAGCGACUGCUACGAACUGCGGUCAAGAGGAAGAGACAGACCGAGGAGAAGUGCCUCUAGAGACAGGCUCGACGAUAUCGUUUACCUGGUCAGGGACAUACAAGAGGGAGACACUUUAAACGCCAUUUCUCUCCAAUACUUCUGCUCGGUAGCAGACAUAAAGAGAGCAAACAACCUCUUGACUGAGCAGGACUUCUUUGCACUGAGGACCAUUAAGAUCCCGGUGAAGAGGUUCAGCGUCCUGACCGAGACCCACAGCCCCACGGCCCUGAAGCCAGGCUCCUCUCAGGGCGCACGGCGCCACUCCGAGACCCUGCCAUCGUCAGAAGCAGCAGCACGCUCCCCUUCCUCCUCCUCCUCUUCCUCCUCCAUAGAUAGUGUGGGCAGCUUCCUGCAGGAGAAGGACAAGGACAUCGAGCAGCUGGUGAAGUCCACAGACCCCUCCAGGGGCAGCUUAAACGAGGUGGUGUCUUCGCUGAAUCCCCAGCGGCAGUCUGGGGACACCGAGCGCCGAGCGGCAGGCCGGAAAGACCCUUAUUAUGGGGCGGACUGGGGCAUGAGGUGGUGGACGGCAGUGGCCAUCAUGCUGGUGGUGGGCAUCGUAACUCCGGUGUUCUACCUGCUCUACUACGAGGUGCUGAUGAAAGCGGAUGUGAGCCACCACUCCACCGCGCACCCCACACAGCUGCAAGUCCCGCCCAGCCUGGUCACUGACGCGCAGUAGGGUGGAGCCAUCCGUAAGGACAGCAGUACACUGACUUUUGUGGGGUGGGGUUCAGAGACUUCCCACGAGCACCAGCAAACAAGAUUUCCAAGUGCAAUUGUGAUAGCCAUGUAUAGUUGCAAAAACCUUAUGACCAUGGUUUUGGGGGGACAAAAAAGCAUUACAUGCACUAUCUGACCAAAAGUAUCUGGACACCCUUUGGUCUGGGGCUGUCUUUCAUGGUUUGGGCUAGGCCCCUUAGUUCCAGUGAAGGCAAAUCUUAUUGCUGCAGCAUGCAAUCACAUUCUAGAUUAUUCUGAGCUUCCCCAACAGUUUGGGGAACGCCCUUUCCUGUUUCAUCAUGACAGUGCCCCACAAGCACUCAGCGAGGUCCAUAUUGUAAUGGUUUGUCAAAAAUGAUGUGCAAGAACUUGACUGGCCUGCACAAAGCCCUGAUCUGAACCUCAUCCAACACCUCUGGGAUCAGUUGGAAAGCCAACUGUGAGCCAGGCCUCAUCACCCAAUCAGUGCCUGACCUCACUAAUGCCCUUCUGGCUGAAUGGAAGCAAAUCUCUGUAUAAAGCCUUCCCAGAAGAGUGGAGGUUGUUAUAGCAGCAAAGGGUGGACCAACUCUAUAUUAAUGCCCAUAAUUGUGGAUGAGAUGUUGGGUGUAAGGUGUCCACAUACUUUUGGAUGUGUAGUGUAUUUUAUGCAAAGAUAAUGGGGCAUUCCCUUGGCCUGUGAUUGAAUUUUAUUAGUCUGAUCCAAACUUAAUUGCCACAAUGGGAGGCGUACCUGCAUUUUAGAUAUUUCUUUUAAUUUUGCGGCACACUACAUUGUGAUUGGUAAGAUAUCUUUAUUCUGUAAUUUAUUCAUGUGAAAAAUGUCUAUACUUUCAGUAUUAGUAUUGAUGUUAAAUACUUCAGUCUACUCUGAAAAACGCAGUUUAAUUUAUUUGCAUUCCAUUGCUGCACUGAGCUGAGCUGGACAGUAACAGGGUUAGAUCCUUGUGGUUCAUGCAACAAUUUCUAUUCUAUGUUUAGAGGACGGCUAUGAAAUGAAAAAUGCAUCAUUCACAAUUUUAUGUCAUGCUUAUGUUACAUUGAAUUUCAUGUGAGUUAAAUGCUCUUUAUGGCUGAAAUGUCCUGUGCACUUACUAUUGUACUGUAUGUGCCUUUUCCCUAUGGACACUGUUAGCAGGUUCAGUUAGAGACAAAAUAAAUAAAAUAUAUUUUGAAUGAA